AUGGAUUCUUACCCUCCAAUUCUCCGCCACCAAAACAACCAACCACAAAACCUAACCAACCCGGAUUCUAACCCGAUUCAUGUUUCGGAUCCUGUUCCAACCAUAGAUCUCAAGCACUUAAACCACAAAAACUUGGAUGAAGCUUGCAAGGAAUGGGGUCUAUUUCGUUUGGUGAACCAUGGAAUUCCAUUAACCCUUAUGGAACAGCUUCAAGAUGUAACAAAACAAGUGUUUUCUUUGUCUUUUGAGUCCAAACAAGAAGCAUGCAAGGAAUGUCCUAUCACAUACUUUUGGGGUACCCCUGCCCUAACUCCAUCUGGAAAAGCUUUAUCAAAAGAAACUCAGAAUAUCAAUUGGGUUGAAGGUUUUGAUGUACCAUUGUCUAAACUCGAUGAAUUUCAACAUCAAGUUCCUUCACUUGAGUCCAUAAGGCUUUUGCUAGUGGAGUAUGCAACCCAUCUUUCAAGAGUUGCUACAACUUUAUUUGAAGCAAUGGCUAAGAACCUUGAUCUGAAUCUCAAAGACACAAAGUCCUAUUUGGCUGAAAACACUGGCAUCGUGCGUGUGUAUCGCUACCCACGCACUGAUGCUGGUUGGGGCAUGGAGGUUCAUACCGAUAGCUCAGUCUUGUCGAUAUUGAACCAAGAUGACCAUGUGAGCGGACUUCAGGUUCUCAAAGAUGAUCAAUGGCUAACCGUAAAGCCCAUUUCCAACACAUUGGUUAUCAACCUUGGUGACAUGAUGCAGGCUAUUAGCAGCGACACAUACAAGAGUGCUUCACAUAGAGUGAAGGUGGAGAAAGAUAUAGAGAGGAUUUCAAUAUGCUACUUUGUAUUCCCUGGUGAAGACGCCAUAAUCGAGAGCUCCAAGUACAAGCCAUUUACUUAUAAUGAUUUCAGAGCACAGGUGCAACAAGACAUCAAAGCUCUUGGGCAUAAAGUUGGGCUUGCAAGGUUUCACCUCAACCAAGAUUCUUAA